CCCUGGUACCGACACACAGAGCAAGCAUUCAUACUCGGGCGGCGCGAGCGAGGGGGCUGGGGAGCGAGCGUCACUUUGGAAACUCGGACGGGAACUCACGGAUUCUCGUGCUAAACCGACGACCUCCUUUUCCUCAUUACUGAAGUGCUGUUGGAUUUCGAUCGCGGGAUAAACGGAGGAGAGAAAGAAGGUCUAGUCAGGAGGGAAGUGAGAGCGGGUGAGUUUGGCGCAGAUAGUUGUGCAUUAGCAGGUAAGCUGGGGUCCAAGGUGCGCACCGAGCCGCCUAUGAUACCAACAACACGGAUGGAAAGAACUUUAAUGUGGAAUCCUCACAGAGUUUUGCAACGGAGGCUGAGAGUAGAGACAGACUGGCAGUUUAUAUUAUAACUUAGAGGAGGCCAGAGAGACAGCCGACCCUCCGUGCGUAAACUGUAGGGAUACACAGAUACAGGAACCCAACAGUUAGCAUUUAAGAACAGGUUUUACAUCCUCUGCGCACCUGGAGGCUUGUGUGAAGGACGAUGUCCAGAGAGGAGCAGAGCUUUUCAGAGGUUGAGCUCAGCCCAGGGAUGUCGGACGACAGUCGCUCUUUGUCACCGGGUCAUUCCUCUGGUGCUGCUGGUGCGGGGGACUCGCCUCUCCACGGGCAGCACCAGCACCCACAGCUGGCGGGUCUGGACGACGCGUCAGCCGGCUGCUCUUCCGUUAAAUCCGACGACGAGGAUGACCGCUUCCCUGCAGGCAUCCGCGAUGCUGUGAGCCAGGUGCUUAAGUGCUACGACUGGACCCUCGUGCCCAUGCCCGUUCGCGUGAGUACUGGAAGCAAGAACAAACAGCACGUGAAGAGGCCAAUGAACGCAUUCAUGGUCUGGGCACAGGCGGCGCGGAGGAAACUGGCCGACCAGCAUCCGCACCUGCACAACGCGGAGCUCAGCAAGACCCUGGGGAAGCUCUGGAGGCUUCUUAAUGAGAGCGAUAAGCGACCCUUUAUCGAGGAGGCAGAAAGGCUGAGGAAGCAGCACAAGAAGGACUAUCCCGACUACAAGUAUCAGCCACGACGUCGCAAGAACGGGAAGAUUGGUUCUGGGUCAGGAAGCGAGACCGACGGCCAUUUGGAGGGUGAGGUCAUCCACAGCCAAUCCCACUACAAGGGUCUCCACCUGGACGUGGUCCACAGUGGGGGAGCCGGAUCCCCUUUGGCAGAUGGGCACCACCCUUAUGCUGAAGGUCAGAGCCACAGUCCUCCAACACCUCCCACCACUCCCAAAACCGAGCCUCAGUCUGUGAAGACAGGAGAUGGUAAGAGGGAGGGUACUGGGAACGGGGGCUCUCGCGGUACAAUGGGAGCAGAAGGAAGCUCAGGUGCUCCAGGAUCUGGGAAGCCUCACAUCGACUUUGGUAAUGUGGACAUUGGUGAGAUGAGCCAUGAGGUGAUGGCUAAUAUGGAGCCGUUUGAUGUCAAUGAGUUUGAUCAGUACCUUCCCCCUAAUGGGCACCCAGGGGUUGGGCAGAGUGCUGGGGCAGCAGGAGCCACGACAGCUUCGCCAGCAUCUCCGUACACCUAUGGCAUCUCCUCAGCUCUGGCAGCGGCCAGUGGACACUCAGCAGCCUGGCUCUCCAAGCAGCAGCAGCAGCAACCACCACAGCAACACCAUGGCUCCCCUCUGAGCUCAGACCCCUCCAAAGCCCAGAUUAAAAGCGAGGCUGGAGGUGCUGGGGGUCACUUUGCAGAAGCAGCUUCAGCAGUUUCCCAUGUCACCUACACCCCCCUCAGCCUUCCUCACUACAGCUCUGCCUUCCCCUCAUUGACCUCAAGGGCUCAGUUUGCAGAAUAUGCUGACCACCAGGGCUCAGGGUCAUACUAUGCCCACUCAAGCCAGGCUCCGGGGUUAUACUCUGCCUUCUCUUACAUGGGGCCUUCCCAGAGGCCCUUGUACAGUGCCAUCACUGACCCAGCCAGUGUAUCACAGUCGCACAGCCCCACGCACUGGGAACAGCCUGUCUACACAACACUGUCGCGGCCAUGACAGAUAACGAGACCAGAGUGCGCCGGUGCAGGUUCAGCCCCAAUGUCAGACCAGAGGAGCAGAAGCAACAGCAACAAGAGUCGUGUUGGUGGUGUCAGAGCUGAAAGAGGUCUGGUCUGGGGGGAGUGGGCAGGCACUGGGGGAGGCAUCUGGGGAGGCAGGAGGGAAGAAACACCAUCCUGCUUUUGCCCAGAUGGAAAAAUGCUGUCACAGCCCGAGGAUGAGCUUGGAAUGUGGUGCUUUUGAGGAGUGGUGGAUUAUUUGUGGCACUCAGCAUAGGAGGCAGAUUGCAAUACGUCAGUAAUGCAAAUAAAUAAUAAUCAUUUUUAAAAAAAGAACAGCCAUCCAUCAACACCACUACUACAGCAAAGCCUUGGGCACUUUUGGCUGUGUUCAUGGGUGGUAAGAGAUCACGUCUCUGUCAGCUUGGUGACUUCAUGUGUAUCACGGCAGUCCACAACCCACAGGCCAACAGAGGGGUCAGCAGUGACAGGGACACAGCGAGAAAAAGCAAGGCCUUGAUCUGUGAGCGUGAGAAGGAGCCAAAUUCAUUUUACAUGAAAUGUUUGUUUUAAUGCCAGGAGAACGGAGGAGUGCCAAGCUAUUUGUUGGCCUUUCACUUCUCAGGCUUGACUGACCCUUUGUCAAAGAAAUGUUAGCUUUGUAUUCCUUUAGAAAGUCAACAUAACAAAUACUCGUGACAUACUGUCAUUUCAGAGCCACAGUUGUCCCUUUUUAAAUUCAAAUUGUUAUGCUGUGUUCACUUAAAAUGCCUUUGUACACACAAUGAACAGACAUGGAGGAAAAAUGCCAGAAAUUCAUGUUGUGGUUUUGUUAACUGAAGUGUAUAUUUAGCUUAUUCAGAGUACUUGAAGUUGCAAAUGUACCUAUAUUGAUACAUAUACAAAUAUGACCAAAGUUUUGAGACCAAAACUUGUGCUUUUUAUGAAGAAGAAACUAAUUUUUUUGUAAAGUUUCUCCCAACAUAACAUUCAAAACUACCUUAUAUUUUGUAGCCAGUUAGUUUUUUUCUUAGCUUUGACUCAAUUCAAAAUGCACUUGUGUCAGAAGCUUCCUUUGAGUUUGUAUCGCAGAGACGCUGACGAGUGCGAUGAUUUUCAUUCGCUUUUGUCAUGUUUGUGACUCAUGAUGAAAAGGUAGUUCUGGUUGUACUCUGAUAAUCCAUUUUCAUUGAAUGUUUCCUCCUAAAAUCCUUAAUAGAAAAUGAUUUGUUGUUCUAACAGUGUUCUGUAUUGAAGGUUUCAAAUGACUUUUGCCAUUAUUAUCCACUGAAAGUCUGCAACACUGCUUUUGGUUUUUGGUUCUGUGUGAUUCAAAAUGAUCUUUUGAUUAUAGUUAUGUUGCUAAAAAAAAAAAAAAAAAAGGUUACAAUGUGGAAGAUGCCAAUACUGAGAAACAGU